ACGCGCCGGGCCUCAACCCCUUUGUGCCAUCCGGGUCUUUCUCGCGGACGAAUCGUCUGUGUCGGUACGGCCGGUACUGUUGAGAGCGACCCGAGGAGUCGCCGCCUUAGCGGCCAAGACUCAGGACUAUGGAGCCCAGAGCAUAUAUGAGGAGAGGCAGACCAUAUUUUGCAGCAGCACUGUGCCAAGGGGCUGUUUUCAUUAAAGAGGGUUAAUGAAAUUAAGAUUGGGUUCUCAGAUAGGCUAGUGAUACAGAACGAGAUGGACUAGCCCCAGAAAAGACAUCCCCAGAUAGAGAUAAGAAAAAAGAGCAGUCAGAUGUAUCCGUUUCUCCUAGAACCUCAAAACAUCACUACUCAAGAUCACGAUCAAGGUCAAGAGAAAGAAAACGAAAGUCAGAAAAUGAAGGAAGAAAACACAGGAGCCGGAGCAGAAGCAAAGAGCGUGCUAAUGCGCGAAGAGACUGAACUGAAGACGCUGCAGACUCAGAUAGCAAAAUAAUAAGCCUACUUCAUGAUAAGAACCAACUUCUUCUUAAAACAGGCAAGAAGACAUGAAUCCAAAGAUAAAUCCUCUAAGAAACACAAGUCUGAGGAACAUAAUGAUAAAGAACAUUCUUCUGAUAAAGGAAGAGAACGAUUAAAUUCAUCUGAAAAUGGUGAGGACAGACACAAACGCAAAGAAAGGAAGUCAUCAAGAGGCAGAAGUCAUUCAAGAUCUAGGUCUCGUGAAAGGCGUCAUCGCAGUAGAAGCAGAGAGAGGAAGAAGUCUCGAUCCAGGAGUAGGGAGCGGAAGAAGUCAAGAUCCAGAAGCAGAGAGAGGAAGAAAUCACGAUCCAGAAGCAGGGAAAGAAAACGUCGGAUCAGAUCUCGUUCCCGCUCAAGAUCAAGACAUAGGCAUAGGAGUAGAAGCAGGAGUAGGACAAGGAGUAGAAGUCGAGAUAGAAAGAAGAGAAUUGAAAAGCCAAGAAGAUUUAGUAGAAGUUUAAGCAGAACUCCUAGUCCACCACCCUUCAGAGGCAGAAACACAGCAAUGGAUGCACAAGAGGCUUUAGCUAGGAGGUUGGAAAGGGCAAAGAAAUUACAAGAACAACGAGAAAAGGAAAUGGUUGAAAAACAAAAACAACAAGAAAUAGCUGCAGCAGCUGCAGCUACAGGAGGUUCUGUGCUCAACGUUGCUGCCCUGUUGGCAUCAGGAACACAAGUAACUCCUCAGAUAGCUAUGGCAGCUCAGAUGGCCGCCCUGCAGGCAAAGGCUUUGGCAGAGACCGGAAUAGCUGUACCUAGUUACUAUAAUCCAGCUGCUGUGAAUCCAAUGAAGUUUGCUGAGCAAGAGAAAAAAAGGAAAAUGCUUUGGCAAGGCAAGAAAGAAGGGGACAAAUCCCAGUCUGCUGAAAUUUGGGAAAAAUUGAAUUUUGGAAACAAGGACCAAAAUGUCAAAUUUAGAAAAUUAAUGGGUAUUAAGAGUGAAGAUGAAGCUGGUUGUAGCUCGGUUGAUGAAGAAAGUUACAAGACUUUGAAGCAACAAGAAGAAGUAUUUAGAAAUCUAGAUGCUCAGUAUGAAAUGGCAAGAUCACAGACCCAUACACAAAGAGGGAUGGGAUUGGGUUUCACAUCAUCAAUGCGAGGAAUGGAUACAGUUUGAGAAAGAUCACACUUAAUGUUCAGGACUUUAAAGACUUCUGGUUCUGAUGUCAGGUCCUUGUUCACCAAACAGCUAGCAUUCUAGCUUGCAUGGGUGUUGCAUUGACUUUAAUUUAUUGAAAAAUACGAUUUUUUUGUAAAUAUCAGAUCAGUGAUACUGGUGUUAGUGUUGUAAUCAGGUUAAACACACUUCCAUUAAACUUGACUGUAGAAGGACAGUAUUUUUUAGUUUAUGAAUUCUACUUUUCAGAUACAUAAAAGCUGCAGGUGGGAUAAAAUCUCAUACAUGGAUUUUUCGUGUCCGCUGUCUUUGUGUACUUUUGUACUUAACCUUGUACAGUUAUUUUCAUCUCUUGAAAACAUGAAUGAAAUGUUAUGUAGAUGUUCUUUAGAAGAUCUGACCAUUUGGUACAUAAUCCAGCAAAAAUAAGCUGGGUGGUGAUGAUAAUAAAAAUGGUUUUCUCAAAACUGGUGUUAAUUUAAGUUAACCUGGAAUUCUUUUUUGUUUUAUGAUUUCUUGUAGCAUUUUGUAAUCGCUAUUAGAAAACACUGGCGAGGAUUUUUUUUCAAAGAACAAUACCUUUGUUCUAAUAUGGUGAGCAAAAAAUGUAAAACUUGGGGAGAGUAAAUAAAUUUAUUGAAGUAA